AUGAACAAGAAGGUGGUCAUUGCAUUUUAUCUGCUGCUAAACGUAAUCUUCUCGAUCGUAAUUGUACUGUUGAACAAAUGGCUCUAUAUUCACACCCGCUUUCCGAACAUCACGCUGUCCAUGAUACACUUCGUUAUGACGUUUGUCGGCUUGAUAAUUUGCGAAAAGAUGAACGUCUUUUGCGUCAAGGAUAUUGACAUCAAGGAGAUGGUGUUAAUCGCCAUGACAUUUUGCGGAUUCGUCGUUCUGACGAACCUGAGCUUGGCUCACAACACGGUCGGGACCUAUCAGGUGGCGAAAAUGUUAACGACACCCUGCGUGAUAGUAAUGCAAAUGAUAUUUUAUAGAAAGCAUUUUAGCACGCUUGUUAAAUUAACGUUGAUACCGAUUACACUAGGAGUAGUGAUCAAUUUUUAUUACGAUAUACGAUUCAAUGUUGUUGGAACCAUUUAUGCGACGCUUGGAGUACUUGUGACAUCCCUGUAUCAAGUGAUGAUAAACAGAAAGCAGAGAGAAUUUCAGAUGGAUCCGAUGCAAUUGUUAUUUUAUCAAGCACCAUUAUCCACUGUUAUGCUUUUGAUUGUUAUUCCAAUCUUGGAGCCAGUUGGGCAAACAUUCACACAUAAUUGGUCACUAUUGGAUAUAGUCAUGGUGAUCUUAUCAGGUGUGGUUGCAUUUUUUGUGAAUUUGACUUCCUACUGGAUCAUAGGAAAGACUUCACCUUUAACAUAUAAUAUGGUUGGACAUUCCAAAUUCUGCCUCCUUUUGUUGGGAGGUUCAUUACUUUUCCAUGAAACAUUGGAGAUAAAUCAAGUCAUUGGUAUAACUUUGACAUUAGUGGGAAUUAUAUUAUACGCUCAUGUCAAAAUGAAAGACAACCAAACUGUAGUGCCAGAAUUUAAAAUCAAAGAAACAAAACCUUUGCAUAAGGUAUGAUUCGGUUUCGGGGAAGAUAAUUGACAGCCGAAGAAACAAAAAAUCUGGAAUUGAAAGAAAUUUAUCAUGGUACUUAAUAACACAUAAAUUUUGUAAAUUUAAAGUCUAUAUUACAAUAAAGUUUAUUUAUUACUCCCGAA